AUGUGGCAGAGAUGCGAGCGUGUGCCACUCUCCCUCUCCCUCACCCUCUUGGAUUUUCUGAAGUUCAACAAUAACCAAAAUCCAGGGAUCCUGGAUGCCCCUGAAAUCCGGAAUGACUACUACCUGAACCUUGUGGAUUGGAGCUCUGGGAAUGUACUGGCUGUGGCAUUGGACAACAGUGUGUACCUGUGGAGUGCCAGCUCUGGUGACAUCCUGCAGCUGCUGCAAAUGGAGCAGCCUGGGGACUAUGUGUCUUCUGUAUCCUGGAUCAAAGAGGGCAACUACCUGGCUGUGGGCACCAGCAGUGCUGAGAUGCAGCUAUGGGAUGUGCAACAGCAGAAACAACUUCGAAACAUGACCAGUCAUUCUGCCCGAGUGGGCUCCCUCUGUUGGAAUAGCUAUAUCCUGUCCAGUGGCUCACGCUCUGGCCACAUCCACCACCAUGACGUUCGGGUAGCAGAACACCAUGUGGCCACACUGAGUGGCCACAGCCAGGAAGUGUGUGGGCUGCACUGGGCCCCAGAUGGACGACAUUUAGCCAGUGGCGGCAAUGAUAAUUUGGUCAACGUGUGGCCCAGUGCUCCUGGAGAGAGUGGCUGGGUUCCUCUGCAGACAUUCACCCAGCAUCAAGGGGCUGUCAAGGCUGCAGCUUGGUGUCCCUGGCAGUCCAAUGUCCUGGCAACUGGAGGGGGCACCAGUGAUCGACACAUUCGUAUCUGGAAUGUCUGCUCUGGGGCCUGUCUGAGUGCUGUGGAUGCGUCUUCCCACUACAAGGAGCUCAUCUCAGGCCAUGGCUUUGCCCAGAACCAGCUGGUCAUUUGGAAGUACCCAACUAUGGCCAAGGUGGCUGAGCUCAAAGGUCACAUAGCCCGGGUCCUAAGUCUGACCAUGAGCCCAGAUGGAGCUACAGUGGCAUCAGCAGCAGCAGAUGAGACCCUGCGGCUGUGGCGUUGCUUUGAGUUGGACCCUGCACGGCGGCGGGAGCGGGAAAAGGCCAAUGCAGCCAAAAGCAGCCUCAUCCACCAAGGCAUCCGUUGAGAACCAACUCACCAGUUUUUUGUGGUUUUUUUUUUUUUUUUUUUUUUUUUU